CCUACCCGCCACCUAAUUUCAACAAUCUUAGAAACCUCACUUUCCUCACAGACCUCCAUCACAUAAGCCUCCAUUCUCUCCACACGGCAGUCAAAGAAAACGCAUCUCACAUCCUGAUUCUCCCUCCCAUCUUAGGUUCACGCCAUGAAGUUCUUGCUGGCUUCAGUGCUGCUCCUGGUGAUAUAUAUGCGGCUACAGGUGAUGGCAUUGUUGAGAAACGAAGUGGGAAUUGAACGAAGACCUGUCCAAACGUUUCGCCAUUACUGCAAGAAUUAUUACUUCAACCACUUGGAAUGUGACACUUAUCAAUUAUUGUGCGUGGGCCACAUUGACUGUCCUCUGAACUCGAACUGCUGCGUGACGAACUGGUGCACCAAGGAGUGUGUCCCGGUGCUGUCAGUCUUGCCUUACACAGAAAUGUACCUGCGUCAGAAGCAGGAAAAGAAAUCCGACCUCGUAAAGCCCUGGCUUGUGUUUGGACUGAUGCGCCGCUUGCCAAGGACUCAUGAUGACGAAUUCUUUGCAAAUCACUGAAAACGGAACAUAAUCAUGCCCAGCUGUUCAAGUUUUUCGUUAACAUGUAGUCUUAAAUGCAUUGUUCUCUCAUC